GAGCCCCAGUGUCCUCAUCUCGCUUUACUACCGAAAAGCAGGGCGGCGAUGCCCGGGCAAGCAGAGACGGGCUCCGAGCGUGUCUGAGACUGACACCCGCUCAGCGAGUGACUGGUAACGGCAGCCCUUCUUCUCCCGCCUCCUUUCCGUUGUGUUUUGUUCUCCUCCCUCUCGGCGCGAAGCGUCAGCGUCCGUACCCCGAAGGGAACGCUGAGCAGGCGUUGCGCGUGGCGGACCCAGCGCUCAUCAUGUGGCAGAGCCGGUACGUGACCGCCCAACAGUUGGCCGGUUUCCGCCAAUACAAGUACAGUGCUGUGGACACAAAUCCUUUAUCUGUCUACAUUAUGCAGCCAUUAUGGAACAGAAUAGUAAAGAUAGUACCCUUGUGGGUUUCUCCCAAUCUUCUAACCUUCACUGGAUUUAUGAUGAUUUUAAUUCAUUGUUCUAUAUUAUCCUUUUAUGACUGGGACUACACUGCAUCAGGUUCCAGUCCUGGGUUGAUUCCGACAUGGGUUUGGGUUUUUGGUGCUUUUGCCACGUUUUGUGCUUACGCUUUAGAUUGCAUAGAUGGAAAGCAUGCUCGAAGGACUCAGUCCAGUACACCUUUGGGAGAACUGUUUGACCAUGGAUUAGACAGCUGGGCUUCCUCUAUUUUUGCUCUCUCCUUUUAUUCCAUCUGUUCACGUGAAAAUGGGAAAGCUGGACAUUCUGUUUGCACCAUGUAUUUUUCAUUAAGUGUCAUCCUAAUAAAUUUUUUGUUUUCGCACUGGGAAAAAUAUAACACAGGAGUUCUUUUUCUCCCAUGGGGAUAUGAUAUAAGCCAAGUGGUUCUUGUAAGCAUGUACUUGCUGACUGCUGUUUUAGGGAUAGAGAUCUGGCACAGGCCUUUGAUAUUUGGUUACUCCUUCACAGACAUGCUAAUAGUCCUUACUGUAGUCUGCUGCUUAUGUAUUUCGCUACCACAGACGUUCUACAACAUUUACAAAGCUUAUAGAAAUAAAACACUACUGAAGGAUUCUUUGUAUGAAGGACUCCUGCCACUGAUUUCCCCUGUGCUGCUCUUUAUACUCCUCACUUACUGGGUCAUUCACUCUCCAUGCAAAAUAUUAGACAAACAAACCAGGCUGUUUUUGUGGAUGGUUGGAGUUAUGUUCUCAAAUCUUUUGUGCAGAAUGAUAAUUUGCCAGAUGACCAACACAAGAUCUGAAGUGCUUCACUGGUUUAUGGUUCCAUUAGCUGUCAUCGUCUACACAGCAACAGCUGGAUUUCAGGGCAGAUUGGAGGAACCAAUACUGGCUGCAUUUACCAUCUUUGUCACCGCUGCUCACAUCCACUAUGGAUUUUGUGUGGUGAAGCAGUUGAGCAAGCAUUUCAACAUCUACAUCUUUUCCUUAAAGAAUGAUUUGAAGAAUGAAUGCAGUGGCCACAGUAUUAAUCCUACUGAACUUGAUAUUUCUGUACUUCAGAAAUGUAGAAAUACAGAGCAAAAAAGCAAAAAGUACGAGAGAUGUUCAGAGUGAAAGCAAGAUUAGAUAUCAAAAGCUCUAAGUGUUUAAGAUGUGCUUGCCAUGUAAUACAAUAGCUCAUACUGCAACUCCCAUCACCACUAGCUAGCAUAGCCAGUCAUGAGGGAUGAUGGGAGUGGUAGGCCAAAACAUCUGGAGAAUUGCAAGUUGCCCACCCCUGCUGUAAGUCAUCAUUCCCUUGAGUCUAUUCUCUUUUGCUCUUACUAAUUUACUCAAACUUUCUUUUACUUUCUCAAACUUCCUGAAAGUUCUCCCAAGACCUCCUUCUCUCUUUCUCAAUAUUUUUGGUUACAGAACAAUUUUUUAAAUACUAAAUACACAUAUUUGUGGCAACUCUUAUUCAAGUAGAUUUCUCAAUGUCUAGUCUACUUCUGCCCGGUCCUGUUUUCCUUUGAGAUGUAUUGCCUCUCCCAUUCAUCUCCAUGUUGUAAACUCGUGUCAAAUAGUUUUAUCAUCAUAAAUUAUUAUAACAAAAAAGAAAAAUUAAAUAAAGCCAAAUCAGUAAGAGGGGGAAUGAAAUACUUGCGAGUACGUUUUCUGAAGGCUAUCUUAGCCUUGCUCUAAAUGUACAUUUGGCAAUUAGUAUGGGUCCAACUUCUCCUACACCCCCUGCUCCAGUAUAAGCUGCCAUAUUUUCCACUUAUGUAUAUUAAAUUUGAUAGCAUUCUGAUCAGUUUUCAAUUGUUCAAUAGCACUUAUGUCUCACAUUCUGUCCUGGGCACCAAUUAGGGUUAAGUCCAGGUUCACCUACCCUCUUGUUGGGCACAGCUGUUUAGUGGAUCAAGAAAUUGUAGCUCUUUGUAAUUACUGGAACAUACAUUUAUCCAGUCUACGUGAGGUUACUUGAAGUCAGCUAUAACUACCACACUUUCUCCCUUGGAUGCCUCCCUGAUUUCGUUCAUCUCAAGAUCACCUGGAGUGAUAUCACAAACUCAGUACUAAAUUACAUUUGGGGCAUGGUAUUGUCACCCACCCAUUGAUUCUGUAGAGGUAUCUGCCCCUUAUGAGGUUCCUAGUUUGACACUGUGUCCUCUUUGAGGUACUGAGAGGCACUCUCCACAGUAUGCCCUUCCCCCCUCUUUUUAUAGAGUUUGUAUCUGGAGAUGACUGUAUCCCACACUAGUUCUCCCCAUUCCACAUAUACAGGCUAAUUCAAGCAAUUUGGAGAAGGUAUGAAUAUAAUAUUCCUUCUGAAGUGCCAGAAUAUUAACACUUUACUGGAAGUAAGUCCUAUUCAACUCAACAGGGGGUUACUUUUGAACAGACAUGCAUGGGAUUGCACUGUGAAAUAGCCAGUGUGACCUUUGUACUGUUUCAAGCAAUUCACUUUUUGUUCCUUGGAUUCAGUUCCCCACCCGUUUUUUGGGUUGGGUUUUUUUUUUUUUUUGCAUCUUUUAUGUCACCAUCAUAUAUUCAUACUUCUAGGCCAGAGGUAGGCAAACUGGUACCUUCCAGAUGUUUUGGACCACCACUUCCAUAAUCUCCAAUUUAUGGCCAUGCUGCUGAGCCUUAAUAGGAGCUGCAAUCCAAAACAUCUGAAAGGCACAAGGUUGCGUAGCCAUGCUCUAGGCCAUUCCGUGCUUUGUUAUGGUAUUCCACACUUCAUUAUAAGAAGCAAAAUGUCAGAGUUUUAGUGCAGUCUUCCACAACCUUGAGCUCUCUAGAUGUUUUGGACUAGAACUUCUAUCAGCCUCAACCAGCAUGGGCAAUGGAUAGGAAUGCUGGGAGCAGUGUUCCAAAAUGUGGAAAACAACAGAUUGAGGAAAGCUAGUUUAGUACAACAUAAUUAUACUUGUUAAAAAUCCUUUAAUUCCCAUUUGCUAUUUUUCUUAUAAUAUGAAUUUAUAUGUAAAUUUUGAAAACUAGAGAUCAAAACCAGUAUACUAGGGGUAUGCAAUAUUAGUUAGUUCACAUUGGCUGCAAAAGCAGCAAUUUGUGGGCAAAUAAUUGCUCCUACAUUUAGAAAGACAUUCUCCUUCUUGGUCAUAUACUUCCAGCAUUUCAUAGUUACAUUAAAAAAGAGGUACCAAAACACCGUUUUAAUGGCAAUGCUGGUGACUGAAUUCAGAAGACUGAAGUGCAGAAUUAUAUAAGCAGUUAUGCACUUUACACAUCUCUGAGCUAAAGAGUAUUCUGCCAUUUAUAUAAUAAUUUAUUUUUACAGCACAAAGAAUUUUGUUAUCUGUACAUUUACACUGUCAGAAGUUUUGAGCUUGGGGUACAAAUACAGGGUGUUUUUUUUCCUGGUCCCCACUAAUAAUUGAGUUUUCUUGGGUGUAAUAUAAUGCAAUUAAAGUAAACCACCCACCCAAUCCAAAGUAUACAUACAUGGAAAUAAUUAUUAAAUUUACUUCUAAGUAUGUAUCAACAGAAAAUGUUUUAAAUUAUGUUCAUGUAAGAACCAUCAUGUGUUAUGGUAUGUAAUACAGUGAGGUUUAACAGUGAGAGGUGAAAAGGUUAAACUGAAGCCUAACUGUUACUUUAUAUAGGACACUCACUGUUGGCAACCUGCUGUCAGUUGUUACAGUGAUGAAGGAAGCUUAUAGGCCUUAAUGAUUCAGUUAAUCCUGUUAGCUUAUAUACUGGACAGGAGAAUAAAAAAUGCUAUAUUUUGUUAGUAAAUAAAUUAUUCACUAAAUAGCCUAUCAUUGGCUCAUAGAUUUAAGAUGGUAGGUCAUUGGCCUGAGGUUGUGGAAGCAGUUCAGCCAGGGCCAGAAGAGUGGCUGGAAUCACUGAAAGGUGAAGUUAGCAAGCAGGGAACACUCUAGAGAUGGUUCUCCAGGAAAGCUUCUGGUCAGAGUGAAGGCAGUUGGUUUCAAGAAGCAAGAUGACUUCAGAGGAAAUAACUGAGUGACUUCUUUGUUGUUUUCUGAUUGUUAAGCUCCUGACCAGAAAGAAGACGUCAGGGGAAGUUGAAGCUGGAUAAAGAUUACUUAUCACUAUGGGAGACAUUUGAAAGAUUAUUCAAUCCUGUACUUUUCCAGACCAGAGAGAGAACUCCAAGUUUGUGUUUGGACAAUCGCAACCAUCGUGGCUGCUCCCACAACCCUUGUGUGAGAGUUCACCAUUUAUAUUAUUCCCUGUGCUGCAGCACAUGUUGGGAGUGCCAUCCAAACUUGGCAUGCAGCAAGACUGGGUUGUGUAUGUGUGUCAUACCCACCCUACAACCCUUACUGCACAUCAUAGAUUGUACAGUGGGUGACACCCCCACCAUGUACUGGGUUCAGACAUGCCAAUCCGCACUGCAGCACGAGGAAUAAUGCAAAUUGCGGUCAUGUGCCCAGCAAGCAUGAGGGUGGGGGGAGCAGCCACUUCCCUUGGUGCGAUCACUUGAACUCACCCCAGUUCUUGUCCUAUGGAUCUGUUUGGGAGAGCUAAAAAAAGGGUAAUUGGAACUGGUUUUAAUUAGGGAACUGGAUAAAGUUAUAACAAUUUCCUGAAAGAAGCAGUAUCGAUGUAAGUAAGGAACUAGUAGAAUAUAUUGAUAACAUGUAGUCUUAUGAUUAAGCUUCUUUAUAUGUAAAUAAGUUUUAAAUAAAGUUAUAUUUAAGUUUUAAAAAAA